AUGGUACGCAACAAUGAUAGUAGACUUUACGUGAAUAGUAAUAACGAUUUGAUGUUAGAAGAAUUUGAUAAUUUAGAGGACAAUAAACAAAUUGAUAUAGGAGACAUGGACUUAGAAAAUACACUAAUAGGCAAAAGACGAAGAGAACAUAAUGAAGAAGAAGAGUGGACCACGAUAACCAGAAAUCCAAAAGAACAGAAAUACGCAAAACCCCUCCAACAUUCUACCCAUACAGGUUUCGGUCGUAACAAAGGACAAAUUACUGACGUCUUCUUGCAAACUACUUGCGUCUGGCACGGUAUGCAAGAAGACAUUUUUGUCAUUUGGAUAUGCAUCAAAAUAGUAAUGGUAUCAUACGCUGCAUAUAAAAUAUACGUUGAUUUGGUUGUAGUACCAGAUAUGCCAAAAAUAGACGUCGAAGAAUGGUGGACCAAUACUGACAAGAAAACACAAGAUACAUCGAUAAGGAGGUACAAGCCUUUGUUUACUGACGUCUUACAAGAACAACUUCGACUUAAAUUUAACCUAUACCGUUCAAACUUAAUCAAAAAGAAAAGUAUAAAUGAAUCAUGGACAUAUGGCACUAAUUCUAUAGCUUUGGGGCAAAUAUUCGCGCACUGGCAGUACAAAUACAUUUUAAGACAUCGUGUAACGUUUUUGAACCAGUUUGAUCAUUUUAAAACCAAUAUACAAGGAUUGGACAUUCACUUUGUGCAUGUAAAGCCUAAAGUUGAAAUGAAUGUAAAGGUAAUACCAUUGUUACUUCUCCAUGGAUGGCCAAGUACUUUUAGAGAUUUCUAUGAAAUGAUCCCCGUGCUAACGACGCCUCAGGAAGGCUAUGAUUUCGUCUUCGAAGUUGUUAUUCCAAGUUUACCAGGUUUCAUUUAUUCUCAGGCUCCCACACGUCCAGGAAUGGGACCUAUGCAAAUUGCAAUAAUAAUGUCAAAUCUGAUGAAAAGGCUUGGUUUUAACGCCUACUACGUCCACGGAAGUGAUUUUGGACAUGUGAUAGGGUCACAUAUGGCUACGUACUUUGACAAACAAGUAUUGGGUCUCCAUACCUCUUUCCCUCUGAAUUUCUCCAAGCUGUCGACUUGGACAUGGAUUUUGGGUGGACUUUGGCCGUCAUUAGUUGGGCAAGGACUUGAACAUAAAAUGUAUCCUGUAAAAGACAAAAUAGAUUUCGUUUUGGAAGAAUUUGGGUUUAUGCUUUUGCAGGGAACCAAACCUGACACGAUUGGUAUUGCUCUAUCAGAUUCUCCAGUAGGCCUUCUAUCGUAUUACAUCGAUAGAUACAUGAUCUUCACUAACCCUGAAAGCAAGUACACAGAAGAGGGUGGCAUUACAACUUAUUUCGACAUGACUUCUUUGAUAGACAAUGUUAUGUUGUACUAUAGUACUAACAGCGUUACUACAUCUUUGAGAUUGUUUAGGGAGAGUUUUAAUAGUACAGUGGAGAAGACUAUGACUCAAAUACCAACUCCAGUUCCAACGUGGGCACUUCGCACUAAAAACGAGCUUUUCCAUCAACCUGACUUCGUAUUAAAAUGGAAGUAUCCAAACCUCGUCGGUACUACGAAUUUGGAUUUCGGAGGACAUUUUGUGGCUUUGGAAAAGCCAAAGGAGGUUGCCUUUGAUUUGUUUCUGAGUGUGAAGAAAUUUCGGGAAUUUUGAUUUGUGAAUACUUUAUAAGUGGUGAUG